AGCAGCAGCAACAGCAGCACGGCCUCUACAUUUUGGAACGUUGGGAAGCUUUGUAUGUGACUGAACUUUUGACAGUAUGGGAAGCUGCACUCUCAGCUGAAGAUCAUGAAGAUGGAUGGCGUGGAAGUCUCCCUGGGGCCAGUCAGACACUUCCCUGGGCCUGCUCUCCUCCUCCUCCUCCUCCUCCUCCUGCAACACUGCCAGUUCAGCACAGGGCAGUUCCACGUGAAUGGACCCGUUCAGCCUGUCCUGGUCAUGAUGGGAGAAGAUGCCACGUUCUUCUGUUACCUCUCCCCUAAGAUAAAUGCAGAGUCCAUGGAGGUGAGGUUUUUUAAGAACCAGAUGGGUGCUGUGGUACAUCUGUACAAGCACGGGGAAGAGCCAGAUGAGGAGCAGCUGCAGGAAUACCGAGGGAGGACGCAGUUGGUGAGAGACAACAUCACUGAGGGGAGAGUGGCAUUGAGACUGGAGAGAGUCACCCCCUCCGACUCAGGAUUGUACAGUUGUGGAUUCCACUCUGAAAUUUACUAUUCAGAAACCACGUGGGUGCUGCAGGUCGCAGCUCUAGGCUCAGCCCCUCUCAUCUCUGUCCAGUACUCCAGAAUAUGGGGGAUCUGGGUGAUGUGUAGAUCAAGGGGCUGGUACCCCAAACCCAGUGUGCAGUGGGGAGAUUUCACCCUAAGACUGUCUGCACCUGAGCCUACAGUCUUGGAAGACUCCAGUGGCCUGUUCUACACAGAAACAUCUCUUCUGCUCCGAGAAAAACCCAAAGGGAACAUUUCCUGUUCCAUCCAGAACCACCUCCUUGGCCAGGAGAAGAAAUCGAUAGUGGAGAUUGCAGAUGAGUUUUUCCAGCCCUCUUCCUGGCUGGGAGCGUUCAUCACAGUGCUGGCCUGUUUCAUUUGUGCCGUGGUUCUGGUGCUUCUUCUCUUCAAAAACAGAGGAAAGCUCCUGGCAAAACUGGAAAACAUGGAGAUGCAGAGUGGAGAGAGGCCUGCAGACACACAGGGGAGUGACUCUGGAAGAAGAAACAGCUCAUCCCAAACUCCGCAUGUCUCAUGUUCGGAGAAGUGUGCCCUGUGAGAACACAGAGCAGGAUGUGUCCUGCAGCGAGAAGAAAUUCUGCUCCCUGUGCUUCAGAGCUUUUCCUCCGGGAGAUAUUUCUGGGAGAUGGAUGUUGGGGAGAAGUCAAGGUGGUAUCUGGGAAUGUGUCAGGACACUGUCAGGAAUGAAGUGGAGGCUAAGUUUUCCCUCUGGUCCAGGUGCUGGGUACUGGCACUGUGGAACAUGUGUGAGUAUUUCACGUUCAGUCCCCAGUGUGAGGCCCUACUGCCCAGGCGAAGCCCUGGCAGGUGGGAAUUUUCCUGGACUAUGAGGAGAGGCAGAUCUCUUUCUUCAGUGUGACAGAUGGAGCUCACAUCUACAUGUUCACCCACAGCCUCUUUUUUAGAAGCCCUGCCGGUAAUAUUUCAGGCCUCCAUCCCAAGAUAGUGAAGAACCAUCUAUUCCCCUCUGGCAUCUGCACAGCAAACUCUGUUUCCAUCUUCAUGCCACCAGGCCCAGACCCCAGGGAUCCUUGUAGGCUCCCUUCACCGUUCCCCAUGCUCAUUCCCAGGAUCCAUUCCAAACAGCUAAUUUCAGCCCCUGCAAUGACAUUCACCAGACUAAAGCCUGCUGCACCCUGAGACACCCCGUUGUCUCUUAGAUUCCGAACCCCUGAUAGGCCAGGGAAGCCCCUGGAGUUCAGCUACCUGGUCUACCCUGCCUCUCCUAGGCCAGUUCCUGAGUUAAGGAGGGUUUGCCCGAAGCUCAGUCCCCUCCUUGGAUAGUGAAUCCAUUCCCAUUUCUUGAUUUGUGGUACACAAACUGCUCAGUUUUACUCCUGGGUUACAAACAAUCUAUCAAUGAUAUUUAUUGAGCACAUCCUCUGUGCGGAGCACUGUACCAAGACCAGACAAUUGGUAUUAUAUAGUGGCUUCAACAGCACCAGGAAUUAUGGAAUCUCCAAACAGAUUGUAGAAUAAAGCCUUGCUUCAGUUUCAACUCUCAAAAUUUGGUGACCUGGAUUAAGUGGGACAUGGGGUGGGAUGGAAAUUCUUAGUCCUCCACUUCACCCACACAAGGUCCCCAGACCCCAGCCCCUCAGGAAAUCAAGCCAGUGCUUCCCUGCAUCUAGCCCAGCCUCGGCAGCAGCGGGUCCCAUGGCUUCCCAGGCUUCAGGAAGAAGUGUUGGGGGGCAACACCAACGAUAUUUUUGGCCACUACAGUCACUGCUGAUUCUCUGCUGUGAACUUUGGUAGCACUUUAGGCACAUGUCAAGAGGAAGCAAACUGUUACUUGCAUCACCAAACCUUGACUCACUACUCCUGUGGCCACUGUCAUGGCAACCAUGAAAUGUAGGGAGAGGAAAGGGACCUGGGAUAAGGAGUUGGUGGCAGUGAAGGGUGUCAUGGGUCACUGGCUAUGGCAUUCGCGAUGUGAAGGUUUGUGAGGCCGAAGCAUGUGAGGCCAAGCUGGGACCUCUAUCUGAUUGCUCGUGGGGAGAAAGCCUAUUUGGUUAUGGGCCUAAUUCACCAGGUGGUUAUCUAUUCUGUGAGAGAUCUGGGUGCUACUGACUCGAGCUGGCUCUUACUGACUCAUCCUUGUUGAUAUCAGCCCCCUGAGCAGUAACAACUUCCCCCAAAUCCCCUACUCUGCCCAGUGCCUUCCCUUAAAAUAUGGAUUCUUUUUAAAAAUAAAAACACUUUCAGAAGACCUGAGUUCUAAUCCCGACUCCACAAAU